AUGCCCGGAGCCAGCGGCGUCAACGUUGAGCGCUCUUGUGAGGCCCUGUGUCGAACCCUUGUCUCUCAGAACGGCCUCCAGAGAGAGACGGCCGACAUCUCCCAGUCUGUCCUCUACACCUCCCUGAUGGGCCUGCUUCUGGUCGCAGACAACGAGAAAGAGCAGCUCACCAUAGGAAGUGGAAGGGUUGGCCUUAGAAACAUAGGAAACACAUGUUUCCUGAACGCAGUUGUCCAGUGUUUGUCUCACACACGUGGCCUACGCGACUACAGCCUUCUCAAGUCCUACAGGAAUGAGAGGUUCUCCAAAGAAGAGGCUAAGCUUAUGGAAGCUUUCUCCCAGGUGCUGUCAGGCCUUUGGGAUGUAAAUGAAGGGGACACAGUUGUAAACCCGCGACAGUUUUACAAUAUUUUCAAAGAAGCUGUGCCUUACUUCAGUGGAUACAGUCAACAGGAUGCACAGGAGUUCCUCAGGUUCCUACUGGACAAGCUGCACACAGAAAUCAACCGCAGACCCUACGUCCGACGACCGGUGAAGGAGCCUGAGCAAAAAUAUGCCCGAUUUAGGCUUUCAGAAGAAGCAGCGGCCAUGUGGAAGAAGCACUUGGAGAGAGAUGACAGCAGAAUAGUAGACUUGUUCUCAGGCCAGCUGAGGAGCUCGCUGCACUGCUCGGUGUGCUCCCACUACUCCAACACGUUCGAUGUGUUCUGUGAUCUGUCGCUGCCCAUCCCCAAGAGGAGCUCUGGUGGGGAGGUCACGCUGAGGGAGUGCCUGGACCUCUUCUCUCAGGAGGAGAAACUGGACAAGGAGAACUCACCAAUGUGUGAGAGGUGUAACAGGCAUACAGAGUGCACCAAGCGGCUUUCCAUCCAGAGGUUUCCCCAGGUUAUUGUGAUCCAUUUGAACCGUUUCACGACGUCACGAUGGUCGAUCAGUAAAAGCACAGUUUAUGUGUCCUUCCCACUCACCAACCUGGACCUUGGACGCUACGGGCCUGUCGACUGUGGCCCAGUUCUGUAUGAUUUAUAUGCAAUAUGUAACCACGCUGGGACGGUGAACAUGGGUCACUACACAGCCUGCUGCUUAGAUGAAAAUGGCUGGUGCUUCUACAAUGACUCCAGUGUGACUCCAGUCUCAGAGAACCAGCUUCAGACCAAUCAAGCCUAUGUGCUGUUCUACCAGCGCAGCAACAGCACCACCACCGUCAGGAAAUAGUCCCGAGACUGGCUGAGCCAGGCAGCCAAUCAGAGCAACUUUACCUCCAGUGUCCCUAGAAACAAAUGGAAGCAGCAGUGCUGUAACUGUGGCAUCCAUGAACAGCGCAAACUCAAUGAGCGUGCCCUCAAAUAAACUCUGAGCAGGAGGAGGACGAGGAGAGCGAAGCCAUGCUUACCUUAAGGAGGGCUUGAAGAGGCGAUCUCCCCUCCUGAAUCAUGGUGAUGCUUUUUAAGAGUCUCAGCGAGAGAGCUGAGACAGCUCAGACAGACUGCAGCCUGAAGUGUCUCUGUGCCCUACUUCUUAGGCAGGAGUGAGCAGUGUAUGUGUGCACCAUGCAGAGCUCUUAAUGUAUGAUAACUCUGAUUCAUGCUUGGGAUGCAACACAAACCCAAAUAAGCAAAGAGAAAUCUUGGGUGAAAUAGACACAAUUGUGACAUAGGACUUUAAUUUACUGUACGUGUAUUCAUAAUGUAAAUACCUGUAGCCUAUGCUAUAUCUCUGCUGUCUUUUUAUCUUGAUCUCCCUCCACAUGGACAGUUAACCUUGAAACUUAAAAA